UUGGUAUAUACUUUUGGCUUUUUUAACAUUGUAUCGGUGAUCUUCCUACUCAUCUACUGAUUUAAGAUUUUACCGGGGAUGGUGAGAAUAAUUAAACAUUAAUCUGUUAAAACAGAUUCCAAUAAUUCUUUUUCACACACAAAUCUUUAGUUAAUACUUAAACCUCGUAUUUCCAUGUUAAUCAAUUGAUAAAACUGUAAUUCCAAAAAAAUUGUUCGAGGGCGAAAAUAUAUCGCAAUCGAAAAAAUAAAGUAAUAAAGCACAGUAUGGAGAGGAAUACGGGACAAAGAUACGAGGAUGAAAUAACUGAGCAACCAGUAGAUUAUAGCAAAAAAUACAGUGAAAGGAAAACGGAGAAUUCCUCUCGAAGUGAUAGAUCUUGUAAAAAAGAAUUCGGGGAACGUGACUCCAAAGUAGAUUUAUUUGGAGAUUAUGCUGAAACCGAUCUUGAUCAGCCAACAGAUUAUAGUUUACGAUACGCAGAGGAUGACACUGAUGACGAUGAGAAACAGAGUCCUGAAUAUUUUCCUGGAAGCGUUCAGGAGGAUACUGUAAAGACUUAUUGUACAGAAGGAACUCCGUAUGAGACGCCUUUCAAUUUUUCAACUGCGACUUCCAUGUCCGAUUUACGUCUAGAGAAUGCAAAGGAAUCUGUUGAUUCGCAGAAGAAACACAGCAAAAAGAAUGUUGAACUUAGUCGCAAGGAAGAUUUGAAUUAUGAGCAUCCAAUGACAAUUAAUUGCAAUGAAGACCGUUCACUUCUUGUUGAGAAAGAAUUAGAAUCCUCUAAAAAUGCCGAGACAUGUAAACCUAACUGUCUUUCUAAUGAAAAGUUAAUUAAUUAUUAUCAAGCAGGAACAUCUGAUGGUUUUUCUCGUGCUAAUUCUCUCAGCUCCCUUGGUAGUGCGAUAACACAAAGGAAUAAUGUUAAUGGAAUUAUUUCCAAAGAACCUUCCACGGAUUCUUCUGAGAAAGCUGAUAAUGUGUCGGAGAGAGCAGAUCGCACUGCAGCUAGCACUAACAUCAACAUAUUACGUAUUCCUGAUGAAACUGAUAGUUCUACAGAAGGAAAAAAUAGUUCCAGAGUUGUAGAUAAAGAAGGCAAAAUGGUUACAUUCAGUAGACAAGACUACUAUGCAGAACAAACUCCUUUAAUGUUUUCAUGUUGUAGUUCUCUAGGUUCAUUGAGUGGAUUUGAACAGCAUUCUAUACAUGAUGAUCGUAGCUCCAUCAUCAGUGAUUUCAGUCGCAGGACCAGUGGUGUUGUGUCUCCAAGUGAAUUACCAGAUUCACCAACACAAACUAUCCCUCCAAGUCCUCGUAAUCAUAAAAAUCAGUGUACAGAUUUUAUAAGCAAAGUACCAGAAGAAGCAGUAAGACAGCCUGUUCGACAUUUAUCAUAUUCAAAGUGUCAUGCGCUAAGAACCAGUGUUUUCGAGGAUGACAUUGCCACAUUUAAGGAGGAAUCAACACCCAUUGAAUUUUCUACAGCUACUAGUCUCAGUUCUUUAACUAUCGACGAUGAAAUGAAAAUUCCCAAUAUAUCUAAACCUCAAAAUGAACUGAAAGAACCAUCUAAUGAGCUGGAUAAAGAUAUUAAAGAAAAUUCUUUAGAAGAAAAAGUUAGUAAUGUAGAAGUUGAGAAGGAUCAGGAACAAGUGAGUGAUGGUGAUGAAGAUAAUGAAGACAUGUUGGCUGCAUGUAUCAGCAUGGGAAUACAAAAUAAUAGAUAUAGACAAUCUUUCAAAACGUCUACUGUCCAGAAACCUAUACAAUCAGAGUCAUCAAACAUGUUGGUACGUUGCCAGAGAACACCAGUUUUAAACAGACUGGAACCUUCAGUUUCUGUUGCUGUCACUUCCGCGGAUGCUACAGUGACAGCAAGUACUUCAAAACCUAGCAAGCCCGCAAUAGAAGUUGUUGCUGCUCCAGAUACCGUACAUGUGUAUUGUACAGAAGAUACACCUGCUGAUAUUUCUCCAGUGGGCUCACAAUCGAAUCUUUCUGCCUUGUCUAUGCCGAGCGUCCAAGAAGAUGUAGAAAGGAUCGAAGAAACUAAAUCUUCGGGUGAAGUCGAGUGCCAUAGAAACGAUCUGUCCGAUGAAAGUUCUAAUCUCUCUGGUGAAGAUGAGAAAAUUCUAGAUGAGUGCAUUCAGUCAGGAAUAUCGAAAGUUAGACAAAUAACUCCACCACCAACGAGUUGCCUUCCCUUUGUACAGAAAACAGAAGUGCUAACACAGAGAUUCAACAUAUGUGGAACACCAUCAUCGUCCCCUGUAGAAAGUGCCAACAAGAACCCUGCUCUUCGAAAAUCCAUGUGUCAUACAUCAUUGGAUCACGAAAAUGAUCCUUUUGGCGACAGCCCUAAUCAUUCGGACGAUGAAGCCAUUCUCAGUGAAUGUAUAAGAGCGGCCAUGCCUAAGGUUAAAUUGAAUAUUUCAACACUUAUAGGACAAGCAUUGCCGCAAACCGCGGAGAAAUCGAAGGUGACGGCUUCAAGAAAACCAUCGUCGUCAUCGUCUACGUCGUACCGUCAGCCAGGAUAUAUUGAGGAUAAUAAACAUCAGUCUAAGAAGUCUGCACCAUUCGAGGAUAAUUUAGGCCUUUCAGAGGAAGAGGAAGACAUCAUGCUGGCGCAGUGUAUUAAAUCUGGUAUGCCAAAGGCGCUGAAUGUUUCAUCAAAUUCGUCCUUAGUGUCCGUAAAGAAGCAACCAGAAUACUCAAAAACGAGAAAUAUUUCCAGUACUUCAUAUUAUUAUGUGAAUAAACCCUAUCUGUUUGGAAACACAGUGGUGCAGACCCAGCCAUCACAUAAACCCAUAGAGAAUGAUCAUUCUCUGCACAGAGGAACUUCUUGCACCUUCCAUUCCACGAAGGUUCAAGAAAAUAGGAGACAUAUUGUUAAAAAUGGUGGAAUUAAUACAUAUGAAAGAACAAACCGUGUGGCAUUAUACAACAGGAAGUUUUCUCAGUCAGAGCACGAAAAUAACAACAUGAACGAAAACAUUCUAAGCACUUCACGUUCCGAGAUCCCUAAUUGUAGGUCCCCAAUUUUAAAUGGUGAAAAUGAUGACGAUGAAUUACGUAGGAAUACAACGAAGUCGAAUGUAGUACCUUCAAGGCAUAGUUCUGUGAGUUCUCUUAGUGAAGAAAGUUCUCUUGGAUCCAUUGAGGAAUGGGCUUUUCUGGAAUUGUGCAUUAGUUCUGGGAUGCCGAGGAACAAGUACCGACUGAAGGGAAUGAAAAACACAGAGGGGAAUGUCAACGAAGACAGUUGUUCGAUAUGUAGUUAUAAUUCGUACGUUUGUAAAACCUAAAUGAAAAACAAAAACUAAAAGUCCCACCCAUAGAAAGAUUGAAUACCUUUUUAUGAUAAUCCAUAAAAGGAUGACGAUCAAGGGUGUAUAUUUGGUGGGAUAAGCAAGUGAGAUUAUUAUAAUUCUGUGAUUGACAGAAAUUUGCAAUAACUCUGUCCAACUCCUAGCAUACAGAAUACUUCAAAACUACAUGUUAAUUAAGUAAAGUGUGAUAGGAUUAUGAUGAAAACUUGAUUAACAAAAUUUUUCGUUCAAGAAAGACGUUUCAUUUCGCUUUAUUUGUUUGUAAUAAGAUUGCGGAUGUUUAUGUAAAUUCACAUUUUUAUGAAUAUAAUUAAAGAAAUGAAAUCUAAAUUUUUUAUAGGCAUAUAUUUGUCUAUAGACAAAUGUCUUUUUUUAUAAGUAAAUAUUUGUUUUAUCUUAAAUAUUUAAUAUAUAUUUGCGUACUUUGUGCAUUGUAUGCACAUUGCAUUUUCAAAUUUCCUAUAAAAGCAUAAACUUCCGCAGUCUAAUGAUGAGAUUAGGAAGAUGUAAGUUUUAAGCGACUAUUGAUUAGCUACAUACAUCAGAUUUUUUUUAUGGGGAUCAGAUUUUGUAUAUAUUAAGUCGCUUAUUGAUUGGAUUAGAAUUUGUAAAAAAUGAAGCGAAAUGGGAAAUAUGUUAAUUAAAUAAAACAUAUAUCUUUUUUCAUUACUAUUUACUAUCACUUACUUCGCUAAAUUAUAGUUUUGAAACACUAUAUUGUGCAUUGAAGAAGCAUAUAUGAUUAUCUUAUAUAAUUUCUUUUUAGUUCUUUAUAUGAGAUCAGAAGAUAUUUCUUAUUUCUUCUCAUUCUCAUUUAUUAUUAUUCUCAAGGAACGAAUGUUUACAGAUUAUCGAUGACUUUUCAGGGGAAAAAUUAUCGAAUUUCUGGAAUAAAACGGGAUUCGUGGUUCAUGUGUAAUGUAUGUACUUGCCGAAGAACCAUUGUGAGGUUUCUUUUUUAGCUUAGUGUAAUCUAUUAUAUAUUUUUUACAAUUUAUUUUUCCUAAUGAAUUCAGUGCUGCAGCAUGUGAUAUUUUGUUUUCAUGAAGUAAGAAACAAAAUCUAGCUAGAAAUAAAGAAAUUUUAUGGUUUGGUCCAGCUUAGGUGCUUUCUUUAUUGCAAGUAUGAAGUUACUGACUAAAAAAUAUAUUUAUAAUAGAUCAAUAAUUUCAAUUGUUAUAUUAUUAUACCUUAAUAAAAUUUGCAACUUUAUUGUUAAAGCA